CAGGGAAGCAGAAUGGAAACUUCAGAGGGAAAGCAGAAAGUAAUGGAGGAAGGACUCUCCAGACCUCUUUCUCCCCACUCCCAAAGAAAACACGGAGGAUGGAAAUCCAUGCCUUACAUCAUCGGGAAUGAGACAUUCGAGAAGUUGGCGUCGAUGAGUGUAAUAGCAAAUAUAACAGUGUACUUGAGGACCCAGUAUCAUUUGGAUGGGAUAUUACUGGUGAAUGUAGUCACCAUUUGGUUUGGGACCUCCAACUUUGCACCUCUGCUCGGCGCUUUCCUUUCUGAUGCUUACUUGGGGAGGUUUCGCACUCUUCUCGUCGGAUCCUUCUCUUCUCUGCUGGGUAUGGGAAUCAUGACCCUAACUGCAGCUUUACCUCAACUAAGACCACCCACCUGCUAUAAGAGAACUGAUUGCUUACCACCUCAAAAGUGGCAGCUUAGUGUCCUCUUGGCAGCUCUUGGGUUCCUAUCCGUAGGUGCUGGUGGGAUUAGACCCUGCAACAUUGCUUUUGGGGUUGAUCAAUUCGAUGCUAGAACAGAGAAAGGAAGAAGAGAUAUCGAGACUUUCUUCGACUGGUAUUACUUGUCCUUCACCAUCUCUCUCCUCAUUGCCUUCACUGUGGUUGUCUAUGUCCAAACCAAUAUCAGUUGGGUUAUUGGUCUAGCCCUUCCAACUGCCUUCCUUGCAAUCUCUAUCAUUGUCUUCUUAUUUGGUACCUCAAUUUAUAUGUACAUGAAGCCAAAAGGUAGUAUCUUCACUGAUCUCAUCAAGGUCGCUGUGGCUGCCACUAGGAAACGAAAUGUUACAUCCACGCAGGUCAAAGAACUUGAACUUUAUGAUUCUAAUGCCAUGGAAGCUGAUCCACUGGUUACUAAGCUCCCUCACACAGAUGGACUAGUGUGUCUUGACAAGGCAGCAGUGAUCACAGACCCAACUGAUGAGUUAAACAGAGAAGGCCUAGCAAGAAAUGGUUGGAGACUAUGUAGUGUGCAACAAGUCGAACACCUUAAGUGUUUUAUAAGAAUAAUACCUGUUUGGUUAUCAGGGAUCACUUGCUUCAAUGUCAUGGACCAACAAAGCACAUUUGGAGUUCUUCAAGCAAUGCAAAUGGACAGACACAUCACACGCCACUUCGAGGUCCCUCCGGCCUUAAUGGGUGUCGGUCCGAUGAUCACUCUAUCGAUAUGGAUCAUCAUAUAUGAGCAAGUAUUGAUCCCUUCUGCAAGUAAAUUGGCCAAGAGGGAAGUGAGGAUCUCUAUGCGUACAAGGAUGCUAAUCGGUAUCAUAAUGUCUAUCCUUUGCAUGGCAGUUGCAGGGACUAUUGAGGGACGAAGACGAGAUAAGGCCUUAAAGAAUCACUCCUAUACCGCACCCAUGUCCUUCGCAUGGCUUGUGCCACAGUUCAUGUUAUCAGGCUUGACUGAAGCUUUCAUGGCUAUUGGGAUUAUGGAAUUCGUAACCAUGAAAUUGCCUGAGAGUAUGAGAACCAUUGCUGGUUCCAUCUUCUUCCUGGGUUUGGCUUUUGCUAGCUAUAUAAGCACUUUAAUUGUCAAUAUCAUUACUUCCAUAACUAAGAGGAAUGGAGGGGAAGCAUGGUUAGGUGGUCAUGAUCUUAACACCAACAGGCUUGACUACUAUUACUAUAUUAUUGGACUACUUGGGGUACUAAACUUGAUCUAUUUCAUUGCUUUUGCUGGUCGUCAUGCGUCUCGUGCGAAACCAGCAGCCUAAAGGGAGAGACCAAGAGUCGAACAUGAAUGGCUGACAAGAAGAAGGAAUACAUAUAUGGAUAACUUAAUUUCUCUAAGGACGUGGAAGCUGUUGUAUUGGUUAAUCUUGUUUAAUUUGGAGAGCUCUUAUCUUGUAAUGGUGAAGAAGCUAAUAUAUAUUGAUGUUAUAGCAAACCC